AUGAUAUCAUCCCUUUGCUGCCUGCCGGCUCGUGCUGUUGCGACGCUCUUCAUGGCCGUGUGCAUGCGCUCGUUGACGCCUACUUGCAGUUUCUCUACCGAUGAUAAGGGGAAAGAAACGGCGAAAAGUGAUGAAAACACAGCUGGAUUGAUCGCGAAAGAGAACGAUAGAAGCAUUCUGCCUGCGUCCAAGGCAGGGGAGGGGAAUGUGGAGAAUCAAUUGCAGACGUCAGAAGGUAACAAGGAGAAUCAACUGGCUGUCAAGGAGAAGGAGCGCUACUUUUUCAUUUCUCAGGAAACCUAUGACAAGUACACAGAGCCCUUGCCACAGGACUACGAGCACCAAGGUCGCUUCUCUUUCACAUCCUUUGGAGCGUUGUUCAGGAAAUCGGUCAAGAAGAAGAGGUUUGGUCCGCUCUGGCACUUGUUUCAGGCAGUACUCUCGGCGAUGCCUGCCCUGUGCCUCUGGUUCGUCGUUGAAUUAAAGGAACGGGACUGGGGCCGGAAGUACCCCGAACUUGACUUCUCCCAGGCGAUCGUUCAGAUCUCAAGCAAGAAAGAGGAGGCCCAGGUCGAUACGGACGCUGAACUCAUGGAUGUCGCGUCCAUGACUACGCUGAAGGAGCAAGAGCUCGAGAAGUUGUACAACAAAGGUGUCAUCACUAAGGAAGAGUACGAGGUUGCUCACGAUUGA